AUGGCUUGUUGUGGCAUUCAAACGCCUGUCAAUAAACACCAUAACAAAUCCCGCAACCACGAUGACCUGGACUCUGAAGUUUCUGGUCUCAAAGAUCCGAUAAUAUUGCGUCAAGAUGCUGAACUUCACGAGCCCGACCGUGAUCGGGUAGACCAGCUGGUAGGCAUACCAAUGUUUGAGCGUGGGCACCAGUACCUCUGGCAGAUCUAA